UGUAACUUUGUUAUUCCGUUUGACUUGUGGAAAACGAUCUCUUUGCUGUGAAAAUUGCAGAGUCUUAAGAUUUUGAUCUCUGAGAUUGCAAUUUAAAAAAGGGUCUUGUUAGAUUCAGAUAUUUUGUGUUGAACUCUUGCUCAUCACAGGCAUUGUCUUUGUUGGUUAUUCUUUCCCGAGGACAGUUUUCCAAAGGUCAAGUACAAUGCGUGCACCAGCGCUGCUUGCACAUUGCUUGCCUGGGUUGGUGCCCCAGGACCGAGGAAGUCAAAACAUGUCCUCCAUUUCGGAGAGAGAUGUGCAUCUCCCUUCACCAGCAGUUGAGAUUCUCCCAUCAAAGACAGCUCACCCCUACAAGUAUGCUGGGGAGAAUGUAGAUUUGCAAGGGCUCAAUAUAUUCAAGGGAAGAGUUAGUGUUGCUGAUAUCAUCGGCUUCAAUGGUUUGGAAAUGAUUUCCUCAAAACCUGAUGGAUAUCUGAAAUCUUGGGACAGCUCUAUUGAUCUUGUUAAUGUCCUUAAGCAUGAGAUUCGUGAUGGGCAACUGAGCUUUAGAGGCAAAAGGGUCCUCGAGCUUGGCUGCACCUAUGGACUUCCUGGGAUUUUCGCUUGCUUGAAGGGAGCUUACACAGUGCACUUUCAAGACCUCAAUGCGGAAACUAUCAGAUGCACAACCAUACCAAAUGUCCUUGCCAAUCUUGAGCAAGCUCGGGACAAGCAGACCCGACAGCCAGAGAGCCCCUUGACUCCAUCAAGACAAACUCUGGCUCCAUCGGUGCAAUUUUUUGCAGGGGACUGGGAAGAACUCCCCACAGUCUUAUCUGUGGUGAAGACUGAAGGGUUUGAAGUGACACCAGGGAUGAGCCUAAGCUUCUCUGAGGAAGAUUUCAUGGAUGGAUGUAGUAGCCUAGAUGGUAGCAUGACGGGGCAGGAAUCCUCAUCAAGGCGAUCAAGAAAGCUUUCGGGAAGUCGUGCAUGGGAGAGGGCCAGUGAGACUGAUCAGGGAGAGGGUGGGUAUGAUGUUAUUUUGAUGACAGACAUCCCAUACUCAGUGACCUCUUUGAAGAAGCUUUAUGUGCUGAUAAAAAAGUGCGUGAGGCCUCCUUAUGGAGUGGUCUACUUAGCCACAAAGAAGAAUUCUGUUGGCUUCAACAGUGGAGCGCGGCACCUGAGAAGUCUGGUAGAUGAAGAAGGCUUUUUUGGAGCGCAUUUAGUCAAAGAGAUGGCGGAUAGAGAUAUUUGGAAAUUCUUUAUCAAGUGAACAGAAAAUACAGAGACUGCAGAAAAUUAGCCAGUAACCUCCCUUACAAAUUUUUAGAUAUUUGUUUAUUUGUAUUCAUAAAAGAAAAAGAAAAUAUAUUUGUUAAUUUGUAUGACACGGAUCACAUGCACUCUUUUCUUUUCUUUUUUUCCUUUUGGGUGGGGGGUGUUGAGUAAUUAAUGGAUUUAUGUGAAUCCAAUUGUCCCGCCAUGGCUUCUGUAAUUUUGUGUUACCCCUUCUUUUCAGAAACAAAUGUGCUCCUUUUGUUGAAACUGUAAAUCACAAGAUUUACUAAUUUUAUAGUGGAAAUAAUAUACUCAUUUUGUUCUUC